GGGGCCCUGCGCGCGUGCGCACUAGGCCACACAGCCGCCAUGCCGGAACCGCACGGCUCCGGGUCCCUGAGGGUGAACGCAGCGUUUGCCGCACGCUACAGCCGUUACCGCGAGCGUGAGGAACUGCAGCGGCUGAAGGAUCGCUAUGGGGAUCCGGACGGCGGCGGCGGCGGCUCCAGCUCCGAGUCUGACUCCAGCGACGAGCGUGUGGAGUUUGACCCCCAGCAGGAGAGAGACUUUUACAGGACUCUGUCCUUGCUGAAGAAGAAGGACCCCCGAAUUUACCAGAAAGAUGCUACCUUCUAUCAGAGAACAGCCGAAACCUCAUCUUCAGAGAGUGAGGAGGAGCCGGCAGCCUCCGGGAAGCAGAAGGAAGUACAGCCCAUGUACCUGAAGGACUACGAGAGGAAGGUCAUCUUAGAGAAAGAAGGCAAAUACGUUGACGAGGACGACUCUGACGGGGAGACUUUUGACCCCAGGCUCAAGGAAACAGCAACCAGGAGUUACGUAGAAGAACAAAAACAGCUGAAGGAAAGCUUCCGAGCUUUCGUGGAGGACAGCAGUGACGAGGACAGUGCUGGGGAAGGUGCCUCUGGGUUGCUGCGGAAACACACUAAGAGUGGAGAGGAAAAGGCCCAGGAGGAAGUGGACUACCUUGAGUGGCUGAAGGGGCAGAAGGAGAUUCACGGCACCGAGUCCUUGAAAGAACUGACACACCUCAAGGAAUACUGGAACAGCCCAGGACUGGAUGAGGGGGAGCAGUUCCUGAGGGAUUAUAUUCUCAACAAACGAUACGAAGAGGAGGAAGAAGAGGAGGAGGAGGAGGAGGGGGUUCCAGGCCCCCCAGUCCAGCUGGCAGUGGACGACUCCUCGGAUGAAGGGGAACUGUUCCUGAGGAAGCAGGAAGACUUUGAACACAAGUACAAUUUCCGCUUUGAGGAGCCUGACUCAGCCUCAGUCAAGACAUACCCACGUAGCAUUGCAUCGUCUGUGCGCCGCAAGGAUGAGCGCAGGAAGGAGAAGAGGGAAGAGACUAGGGAGCGGAAGAAGAGGGAGAAGGCCAGGAAGCAGGAAGAGCUGAAACAGUUCAAGAACCUAAAGAGGAAGGAGAUUCUGGCCAAGCUGGAGAAGCUGCGGCAGGUCACUGGCAACGAGACACUGGGCCUUGAGGAGCAGGACCUGGAGGAUGACUUUGACCCUGCCCAGCAUGACCAGCUCAUGCAGAAAUGCUUUGGAGAUGCCUUCUAUGGCACUGCGGAGGAAGAGAAGCCACAGUUUGAGGAAGAGGAAGGGCUUGAAGAUGACUGGAACUGGGACACAUGGGGUGGACCUGAACAAGAUGGAGCCUGGAGCCAGCAGGAGCUGCACUGUGAGGACCCUGACUUUAACAUGGACGCUGACUAUGACCCCAGCCAACCUCGGAAGAAGCUUCGUGAGGCCCCCUCCUCAGGCAAGAAGAAGCGCAAGUCUCCCUUUGCAGCUGCAGUGGGGCAGCAGAAACCCACGUUUGACCCUGGGGACAAGACCUUUGAGGAAUACCUGGACGAGUACUACCGGCUGGACUAUGAGGACAUCAUCGACGACCUGCCCUGUCGCUUCAAGUACCGUACUGUGGUGCCCUGCGACUUUGGACUCAGCACUGAGGAGAUCCUUGCAGCUGAUGACAAGGAACUGAACCGCUGGUGUUCCCUGAAGAAGACCUGCAUGUACAGGUCAGAGCAGGAAGAGAUGCAGGAGAAGCGGGUGUACAGCCAGAAGGCCCAGAAUUUAUGGAAGAAGAGGCAGAUCUUCAAAUCUCUGUGCCGGGAAGAGAUGGAAAUGCCCACAGAAGCCACAGGGAAGUCCCAGGGCAAGGCCAGCCCACAGGGACAGCUGUCCGUGGCUGAUGGGUCUCAGACUCUGACCUCUUCCCACAAGCUCCAAGUAGCCAAGGAAGAAGAGUUCACACACACACCCUGCCCAGAGAAGCCAGCUUCCCAGAGGCACAAGAACAAGAAGGCCAGGCUGUUGGGUCCCACGGUGACACUUGGAGGUCACAAGUUCAGCCGACAGAGAUUGCAGGCCUUUGGUCUCAACCCAAAAAGGCUGCAUUUCCGCCAAUUGGGCCGCCAGAGGAGGAAACAGCAGAGCCACCCCUGAGGGCCAAGGGAGCAGGCUACCUCUACAACCAAGCUGUUGACUAGUUACCUCCCCCAACCUGUAUAAUCUGCCUGUACGCAAGGACGCUGGCUGUCUCUUCUCAGUGUGGAAACAGGCUGUCCGAACUGUGUAUAAAACAGCCUGAAAAGUCAAGCAACCCCAGCGUGUUCAAGUCUGCGUCUUUAUCAGCCUCCACCCAGCAGCCAGUCGGUUCUCCCAGGACAGGGGCUUUGGGACCUUGGGACCAGUGAGUACAGUGAUCCAGUGCAGGCUACAGAACUUGAAUCAGGCCCUGAGUGAGUGCCCUGGAGCCCACUCUCCAUCCCUGGCUCCUGAGGGGGCAUGGGGGCAGCUAAAGGGCACAGCCCCAAGCUGGGGGCCUAGACAGAUGUCAGCUGUGUUGGGGAGGAUGGGGGACAUGAGGACAGGGGAUCCAGCACUGCCAUCGGAGUUCUAGAUCCCAUACCUGACAUGACAUAAAUAAAAAAAUAAAUAGUC